AUGUUCGCUAAACUCGCUCUGGCACUGCCAGUGUUUUCUGCGCUCGCGAACGGCGUAGCAGGCGCUUCCAUUCGCACUCGCGGUAGUGGCGUUGACCCUGCCGAUUUCAGCUCGAAAGGUCUCGUCGCCAUCGGUCAGUUCUCAGCUAGCGCUCGGGACAAGAAUGGCGAGACCAUUGGUGGUUUCGGUUCCGCAGGUGCUCUUGUUCCAGGCCAGUUCACACGCAACGGCGAUCUCUACUCAGGUCAGCUCUACCUCCAGCCCGACCGAGGCUACAACGUCGAGAAUACGAUCGACUAUGUUGCUCGUCACCACCUGUUUGAUUUCUCUUUUAAGGAGUACACGGGCUCGAAAAACCUUGCCUUCGACCAGGCAAUCAAUCUCUGUAACAUCACCUACCGCGAUACGACUUUCUAUCACGAGGCUUCGGGUAAGAACCCAACCGGACUUGACCCUACUCUUGUGAGGAGCGGCGGUCUUAGCGGAAGCGGAUCCAACGAUGGGCCCCUGGCUGCGGCCAAUGCGCCCAACAAGCCUUCGGCUCUGUCGUUCGACACCGAGGGCUUCUCGGCCAACCCGGAUGGCACCUUCUGGGUUUCGGACGAGUACACUCCAGGUGUCUACAAGACCGCUGCAGACGGUACUAUCAUUGCAUACAUCACCCCUCCUGAAGCGGUCUUGCCACGCAUUGGAGGCAAGUACAACUUCACCUCCAAGGCUACUCCUGACUCUGGUCGUGCUCCGAAUGCCGGCUUUGAGGGCAUGGCUGUGUCUUGGGACGGCAACCAGCUGUUUGCCGUCCUACAGUCUGCGCUCGUCCAGGACGGUGGAGAUGGUGCCCCUUACCUUCGCAUCUUUGAGUGGGACAUUUCUUCGCUUUCAGGAGUGACCACCUACCAAAAUGGUGCUAAUCCUGGCGACAAUGUACCACUCAUUGCUGAGUACGCUUUCAAGGUCCCCACUUCGAAGAAAGGCAAGGCUCGCAACGUCAAUGAUCUGAUCUACCUCGGCCACAAGACCGUCGGCAUUCUCGUCCGUGACGGCAACGGAUUUGGAAACGACGACUCGGGUGUCAACUACAAGCACAUUGACAUCCUCGACCUGUCCACCGCCACCAACAUCAAAGGAACCAAGUACAACACGGCUACAGGUGCCAUUGCGCCCGGGGGUAAGCUUGCCAACGACAUCGACCUGGCUUCUUACAGCAGUCUUGUCGACUACACGGCCGAUCUUGGCAAGUUCGGAAUGCACGCCUCGGGCAACCCCAUCGACCCUACCUUGCUCGCCGCCAAGAUCGAGAGCUUGAUUCUGCUGCCAACGCUGCCCAAGUCGAAACACGACACAAGCUUCGACAAGGACGAGUACUACAUUCUCUCGCUCAGCGACAAUGACUUCCAGACCAAGGAUGGAUACAUGGAGGCGCUCGGUGCUUACUCAGCCGCGUACCCUCAGGACGUGCCUACGCAGCUCUUUGUUUUCAAGGUCAAACUGCCCGGGGUCAACCGCGGCGACAUGCUCUCUCGCCUUGGUCUUGCUUAG